AUGAUCGACGGCGGAGCUCUCGUUGGCCGCUUCUACGGUGGUCGAUGGUGGAGCUCCCGUUGGCCGUUUCUACGGUGGUCUACGGCGGAGCUGAGUUCUCCAGUGGUGGCCAUUGUCGGCGACGUUGAUGUGACCGUCGAUGGGCUGACGCCGGCGAUUGUGUUAGGUGCCGGAGGUUUCUCGGGGAGUAGAAGUAGGGAGUCCAAUUCAGUUUUCCCUUUGCCUUCUUUGAGUUCUGAAACGCUUAGUGAGGAAGAGGGGUCUUCCUCUCAGACUUCAAACAAGGAAAAAGGCAAAGCUCCUAUCCCUAAAGUUAAUCUCCUUGCCCCUUGUUAG